AUGCCGAUUGGUAAGGAUGGUUUUAUCGAGACGGAAAUGGUGGUUAAGUUUUUAUCCAGCCGCAACUUUAAGGUUUGGUCUCAACAUGCCGCCAUGCUGAACAAGGAGGACUCGUACGGCGCCAUGAUUACAGCACUCACGAAUGUCUUCGGCGAUAAAAAUGUGGCGAUAAUGGUCCUACUGGGGAAGCAUUCGAGGAGCUCAAGCGGUGUCUCCAAGAAGUUGGAGACAGCGCUGUUCAACAAGUGGUACACCGUCGACAAGUACAGAACAGCCGAUGAUAUGGUUGCGAAGGUGUUGGGAGUGAAGAGAAGUAGGAUUCAUGGGUACCCUCGGGAGAAGUUCAUUUGGGGAGAUUAUUCAAAGUACAUCACGAACAGAGUCAUGAACUAUUAGGAGAACCGUAUUGGAGCUAAGACGUAGUAGCUCCGCUUGCGAUUUUUCGAUACGUUCCGCCAUCAAUACUGGAGCG